AUGCUGUCUCGAAAGGCGCGCGCCUUCGCGCGUCUUGCGCUGAUCUUGGCUGUCACGUUCAUCACUGCCGUUCUCAUUGCCAUACCACUGCUCGAGGCGAGGCGCGGGUUUGACGGCAACAGCCCGUCCCGCAAGAUGGAGGGCGUUGAGGAGGUGAACUCAGAGAACUACUACGAUAUUGUCGGCCACGACCAGUUUGUGCUGCUCGAGUUCUACGCGGUCUGGUGCGGGUACUGCCGCGAAUUCGCUUCCGUGUACGAUGAGUUCGGCAAGUACGUUCGCAUUCGUCCCGAGCUGCAGGAGAGGCUUGUGGUCGGGAAGGUGAACGCGCCGGAUGAGGUGCGCAUCCAGCGACGGUACAAAAUUAGUGGCUACCCGACGGUCAUUCUGGUGCCGCCAAACCAGCACGCCGGUGUCGAGUUCACUGAGAAUCGAAACUUUAAUCAGCUCUUGGACUUUGUCGAGCGUGAGAUGGCGAAGCAGGAGUAUGCUAUUACGGAAUAG